GUCAUUUGGAAUCAAAAAUGAUAUAAAGAAGGGAGAGGCACGAAGUGAAUUACCUUCCUUACCCCACCCUGCGUUCUACGUUGCCUGAAGAGUUGCUGAAUUGUAUAACUAAUGCCAGUUAAUUAGCCUACAACCAUGCCACCAUUUGUACCUGUCCAGUCUCUCUACUCAUCAUGUCUGACUACAGUAUUUGAGAAUCUUUUGGAGAGUGUCAAGAAAACAUCUAACACUGUUGAGCACCUCCGGAAAGUGAUCCAGUCAUCCCUGCAUGCAGGGAUUCGUGAGCAUUUGAUUCAUAUCACAACUGCACAUUGUAGGAAUAAUAUAUACGUGCUGUUGGACCUGUUAAGCAUAUUGCUUGAUCAAGCUGUCAAACAACUUGACCACUCUGGUGGGGAUGAUAAUUCGUGUCUCCGUGCUGAGCAGUGCUCUGCCUUGCUGUCUACUCUGGAACAGUGUCAAGCUACAGGACUACAGGAACUCACAGUCAAGGUUCGCCUGGACCCUCGUCGGGCAGGGGAUAUAGAAACAGUUUCAUCAGCCAAUGUUUCAUUUCACCGUGUUCUGCGAGGUGGACUUGCAGCAAAUCUGCGCUCAUUGGUCCUGCGCUCUGUAUGUGACAAUGAAAUUCUUAGACUCUUGGGCCGCCACUGUCCACAUCUGCGACAUCUGGAUGCCACAUCCUCCUGGCUUGUGGACGAUAAUGGGCUACGUUCGCUCUGUUUCAAGGAGCAAGAGUCACAUACUUUGCCUCCUGAUGGCUACUGUGGUGACACUUGUGGGUGGUUUUCAGCCAUUCAGCCGUCUGAUCUGAACAUAUGCUGUCGAAGUCUUCAGGAGGUUCGCAUCCAGGAUACCAACACAUCAGAACUUGGGGUUAUCAUGCUCCUUCUCUUCAUUCCGAACCUUAAGUCCUUGGGAGGGUUCAUAUACUACAGGAAUGUAGGUGAUGCCAUCAUGAAUCUGUCACAACACUAUGAUGGCAAGCUGAAGCUUAACCUGACAGACUUGUGGGACACUUGUCUGUCACCAGAGAAGGCCAGCAUCCUGUCAGCUGCAGCUCCUCAGCUGGCCAGUCUGUACACUCGUGGAAGCUGGUUACACAGUGUCGGAUCAUUCUCCCAUCUCGUUGCACUGACUGUCGAUUUUGACUUCGUAGACUUUUCUCCAGCACUGGAAAGUUAUCUGAUAGAGCAUGGGCAGAAACUGCAGAAGCUUGUCUUGGUUGAUCAGAUUCAUUCUGUGGAUGUGUCGAUGCUGGCGGAGAACUGUCCUUGUCUGAAGGAACUUGGGGCCAAGUUGGAAGGAGGAUGGUAUGGUGAAGCUGGAGCUAUGCUGCCACAACUUGUCAUAUGCAGAAUUCGUGUUGGUGCCACAGAAACGCUGCAUGCUCUGCUUGUGCAUACUCCACGUCUUGAACACCUCGAGGUGGUGCUGGAAGAGGAGAACUAUGGAGAAGGGGUGGAAGUGGUAGAUGACUUUCUUAUAUCACAGAGCCUGGCUGAGAAUCCUCACCCAGCACAUCUCCGUGUGUUUGUGCUGCGCAGUGAGUGCAACCUGACGGCUCUGUCUGUGCAGUUGCUCAUCAGUUCAUGUCCUUCACUAAGAUUCAUAGGCGACCUCCAUUCCUGGACAGGUAUAUCUGACAGUGACAUAGAACAGCUGGCCCAGGAAAUUGUGGAUAGAAACAUGGACCUCAUGCUAAGUUACAGAGGCAAUUUGUUGCCCCCCCGCAGGGUUCGGUGCCUUGUGGCCAAGACAUAGAACUUCAUUCAGCCUUGGACAACUUGCUAAGCCAGUGUGAGCACAGACUGCUUGGAGGAAUAGUUCUGAUGCUGUGAACAAGUACCAACAAUCACAAGAUCACUUAUAUAAAUAGGAGUAUUUUUCAAAUUAUGAGUUACAGUGUGGGAGAGUGUGGACUGGAUCCAUUUGGCUUAGAACAGAGUCUACUGGUGGACUCCGGUGAACACAGGAUUGAACCUUCAGGUUGUAGGUGGAGGUAUUCCUUUCCUAAAACAACAUGAGUGGGGAGGAUGACACCUGUCAUAGCAAGUCACAGAAGACUGUAAUCUACUUACCAAAAGAAUGCAGGAAGCUUCCCUCAUAGGACUUUCCAUUAGACCUGUGCAUAUGCUGUUCAGGACACCCAUCUGCCCAAGUUUUCAGCAGCCUCCCCCACACACACACACACACACACUGCACUACCUACAGCCCUUAUUGCUCGACAGAUCCACCAGCACUUCCCAUUUGUCACUCAUACUACAUUUCUCCUGUCUCUCCAGCUUCACAAAUACAGAGCCAUCACUAGUUACUUCUCUCCUUGCUCCUAUUGGUUCACUCUAGGCUCCUUUGCAGACCUAUAGCUCAAACUGUUGUUGCUUGUUUGACUUACUUUGACCUUGAAGACAGAGGCAGUACGUUCCUUUGAAAUGUCAGUGAACUGCUGGAAUAUAUGUAUCACAUCACAUAUGAUAGCACAGUUCACAAUCACUGCUGUGAACACAAUACACUGAACCCUACUCAAAACAGAAUAUCAGAGGAUAAAGACAAUUUUCUGUUUUACAUACAUUCCAAUUUCAUGAAGGCUCUUAUGAAACUACAUACAAAUAAAUUAAUAUACAUUAUAUUCCCAUGGUGUAUAUCGGCUAAAAAUUCAUAAAACUAUGAACUCCCCUUUUUUACUCUACUUUCCUUAUUUUGAAAAAAAAAUAAAAUUAGGCUUAUGAGAUCA